AUGACGGACCCCCCGCGCCCACUGUCACCCACGCCCAUCUUCCGCCCCUGGCAGCCGAACUUGGCUAGCCUCCCUCCCAGCGAGCAGCAGAUGCCCCAGAAUCCUAGAUCCGCCCAUUCCUCUGACAAAGAUCGCAAGCCCUCUACGCCCAUGUCUUCACCAGGCAUCCUUCCAAUCCUUCCGACGCCCUCGCGGUCAGCGCCGCCUUCGCAGCCUGCUAGGGAACCCCAGAAGCGUCGUCGGGAGGACAGCGAGGACGAGGACUUCGUCAGUAGAAGGAAGGUCAUCAAAGGCGAGAAAGGCGAAUCCGCCUCCCUCACGACGCCGCCCGCGCCCUUCCCGGUACUGGGUCUCCGCCCUCCCGGCUUGGCCAUCCCGACGCCCACGUCCUUGGCCUCGCACAUGCCUGGCUUCCCUGCAGGGCUCUUCCCUGACCUUGCGAGCGGUGGAAUAAACUCCGCCAUGCUGCCUGGGGGCUUCCCGUCGGCCAGGCUGCCCGCCCUCGCUCUCACGCCCUCGGAGCAGGCUCUUCCUGGCUUGGCUGCAGUGCCCGGGCUGAGUGCCGUGCCGGGCCUUGGCGGCGUUGCGGCCUUCGCGGGAGUGCCCGGGCCGCUGGUGCCGCUGCUGGAUAUGCUCGUGCCGGCGGCGGAGGUGGAGCGCGUGUGCGCCCGGCGUCCGCGCCCCAAGAGGUUCUCCUGCAGUGAGUGCGGCUCCGCUUUCAGCAACAAGGGCCAGCUGAAGGGCCACCUACGGAUCCACACGGGGGAGAGGCCCUUCGCCUGCGGACAUGAGGGCUGCGACAAGCGCUUCACCAGGAACGAGGAGCUGACCCGCCACCGCCGCAUCCACAGCGGGGCGCGCCCCUUCCCGUGCCCUCUGUGCGACAAGCGCUUCGGCCGGAAGGACCACCUCAAGAAGCACGUCCGCACGCACCAGCGACAGCCGCUCCUGCCGCCGCACCCGCUCCUGCACCACCUGCACCACCUGCAGCAGCUGCAACGUUAG